ACUGGUUUUGGUGAAGGUGGUUGUGGUUCCCCAGUUGGGCGAGGUGGUUUUGGCUCUCCAGUUGGACGAGGUGGCUGUGGUUCCCCAGUUGGGCGAGGUGGCUCUGGCUCUCCAGUGGGACGAGGUGGUUGUGGUUCGCCAGUUGGACGAGGUGGUUCUGGCUCUCCAGUUGGACGAGGCGGUUGUGGUUCCCCAGUUGGGCGAGGUGGUUUUGGCUCUCCAGUUGGACGAGGUGGCUGUGGUUCACCAGUUGGACGAGGUGGUUGCGGUUCACCAGUGGGACGAGGUGGUUCAGGUUCUCCGGUUGGUCGAGGUGGUCUUGGACUUUCUUUACUGUUUUCUUCAGAAUUAUCUGGCCUUGGUGGUCUGGGUCUGUCUUCAUUGCUUUCUUCAGAACUAUCAGGUCUUGGAGGACGUGGUUUAUCAUCAUUGUUUGGUCUUGGUGGCCUUGGUCUUUCUUCACUGUUUUCUUUAGAAUUAUCUGGCCUUGGUGGUCUGGGUCUGUCUUCAUUGCUUUCUUCAGAGCUAUCAGGUUUUGGUGGCCUUGGUUUGUCAUCUGGCUUAGGUGGUCUUGGUUUGUUAUCCGGUCUAGGUGGUCUUGGUCUUUCUUCGGAAUUGUCUGGUCUUGGAGGACGUGGUUUAUCAUCAUUGUCUGGUUUUGGUGGCCUUGGUUUAUCAUCUGGCUUCGGAGGUCUUGGUUUGUUAUCUGGUUUUGGAGGUCUUGGUCUUUCUUCGGAACUGUCUGGUCUUGGAGGACGUGGUUUAUCAUCAUUGUUUGGUUUUGGUGGCCUUGGUUUGUCAUCUGGCUUAGGUGGUCUUGGUUUGUCAUCUGGCUUUGGUGGUCUUGGUCUUUCUCCAGAACUGUCCGGUUUUGGUGGACGUGGAUUAUCAUCAUUGUCUGGUUUUGGCGGACGUGGUUUGUCAUCUGGUUUCGGUGGUUUUGGUUUGUUAUCCGGUCUAGAUGGUCUUGGUCUUUCUUCGGAAUUGUCUGGUCUUGGAGGACGUGGUUUAUCAUCAUUGUCUGGUUUUGGUGGCCUUGGUUUAUCAUCUGAUUUCGGAGGUAUUGCUAUCAGGUCUUGGAGGACGUGGUUUAUCAUCAUUGUUUGGUUUUGGUGGCCUUGGUUUCUCAUCUGGCUUCGGUGA